AUUCUACUUCAGCUGUGAUUUGCAUAGGUCGGUUGUAUAAUAUUUCAAAAUUAGCAAGAGCAGACAAUGGUGACGAGAAGAGCGUGCCUCGCGAGACGAACGGCUACGUAGUGAACGAUAUCUGUGCACACAUCAUCACGAUUCCCGCGUUGUAUUUUACAAGGUGAUAUUGAAAAUCGGUCGCCCAAUAUAUUUUCACGUCUAACAGUGCUCCUGUUAUCGGAGGUGGUGAUUCGCGAUAAGCUGUGCCAUGCCACAAUCUUAUCAUUGAGUGAUAAUAGUUAUAAGUGUCAGUGAGCUAUGUGCCCUGCAGACUGCUGGUACUUGUGCUGUGGCAGAAGCAAAGCUUGAAUUCAGUUGGCACGUUACCCGACAGUGUUUGCGUUUCAGUGGCCAUGACGUCGAAACGUUUCUGUAUAAUGUUGCUGGCAUUAACAGCGGCUGCGGCAGGCCAAAACGAGAACAUUCCCAUUGAAAGUGAUAACCAGUUUCCCCCAGAUGGUGCCCCCAUUGAAGGCAGUGGUGACGACACAAUAAACGUGCUUUCGGGAAUUGUAGACACAUCACAAGUACCAUUAUUGGAGGAAGUACUUCCCGAAAUUAAAAAUGAGGAAACAACAACCCAAUCACAGCAAAAAGAGUGUCCAAAAUCCUGCUCGUGUCACAUUGAAGGAGAAAACUACGUCGUAGAUUGUUCUGGGAACGGACUCACUGAAUUCCCAUUGCCUUUAGACUCCAAAACAACUUCACUCAACAUUCAAAAUAAUAAAAUUACUGAAAUACCAAAGAAUAUAGCAACGCUUACAAAUCUGAAAGUACUUAACGCCGACAGCAAUGAAAUAAUGGAUUUGGCUUUAGGUUCCGUGAGCGGGCUAUCACAGUUGACCGUUUUGAUACUUUCUAAUAACCGUUUGAUAGACUACCCGAAGGAUUUGAAAAACAGCAUUGAUUUGACGAAACUUGAAGAACUUAAUUUAAGUGGCAAUGAUAUCAGAACGGAGCUGAAUCCUGAAAUAUUCUUGAACUUCCAAUCCUUGCGCAAGUUAACAUUGGCAAAAUCUACCCCAGAUUUAUUAGAAGCCUUUUGUGGUACUCUGAAAAAUAGUCUGGAAACCGUAUGUUCUGUAUCAUGUGAGGUUGACAGUUAUGAAUGUAAAGAUACAUUAAAGAAUAUGGAAGAUGGUUUAUUAGACGCUGUCUUACCAGCCGUUCUUGAAUCUCCAACAAACGAUAACGCUGAUCCUGCGCUCGAAGAUAAAAUUCACUUAGGACCUGAAGAGACACCAAAAGAAGUAACUACCGUAGCCAGUAUAACUAAAGAUGAAGUUACAGUUUCAAAAGGACUUGAAGGCCCUACAGUGCAAAUCAAUGCUAAUUCACGUUUACUUAACAUACCAGAAGAAACUUCAUCAAACAAGUUAAUCGUAGUCCCAGAAACUCCCAAGAACGAAAUCAGUCACCAAACAAGUGAGACGGAUGUUAAUGUCGGUGCGACCACUACAGACGGAAAACCAGGGGGAGUAGAUAAGAGUGUUAUUGGUAUUAUUGUAGCCGUUAUGGUUGUUGUCGUAGCGGGAAUCGCGAUUAAGAAAAACUGGAGUUCUAUUCGAAAACGGUUUAGUUCGACCCCCAGAGCUGCGGAACGAGCUGGAGCAAAUGCUAACGGUACAACACCUGAAGAAGUACCAUUGCAGGACAAAGACAAGUCCCCUGUGUAGACUAAAAGUAUUUGCGUGUACGUAUGUAUAUUUCAGUGAUGUGAAUGGAUUCGAUCUGAAUGUUGUGUUGAUAGCUAAAUAUUUAUUGUUCAAACUAUAAGGUGGCUUUUUUUUUGCGAUGGCACAAUAUUUUAUACGGUGGUAAUGUCAUUGUUUAUACGUACUUAUCUAAAUGUACAUAAAUUAAAAUGUCAUAAUGAUAAAAUUCGUUUUGUACUUUGAUACGUAAUAAUAAGUAUAUAUUAAGUUUGUAUUUUAGUUUAUCGUCAAAAUAAACAGUAACUGUGUUUCUAUUAUGUAAACUUUUGUU